AUGGCGGCGCCCUACCGCCGUCUCCUCCUCCUCCGCCGCCUCUCCAUCUCCAUCUCCCACUCCCACCUCGCCCCGCACCCCCAGCCCUCCCCGCUGCUCCCUCCCGCCCGCCACUUCGCCUUCUCCUCCGCGGAGGAGGCCGCGGCCGAGCGCCGGCGCCGCAAGCGCCGCCUCCGCNNNCCCAACGCGCCCCGCCUCCCCGACACCACCUCCUCCCUGGUCGGCCCGCGCCUCAGCCUCCACAACCGCGUGCAGGCCCUCAUCCGCUCCGGCGACCUCGACGGCGCCGCCGCCGCCUCCCGCGCGGCCGUGUCCUCGCGCGUCCGCCCCACCGUCUUCACCUGCAACGCGGUCGCCGCCUCCAUGGUCCGCGCCGGCCGGCCCGACGACGCCGUCGCCCUCUUCGCCUUCUUCUUCCGCCGCUCCAACAUCGUCCCCAACGUCGUCUCCUACAACACCCUCAUCCUCGCCCACUGCGACGCCGCCCGCGUUGACGAAGCGCUCCAGGCAUACCAGGAGAUGCUCGACGGCGUCACCUCCUUCUCCCCCUCCGCGGUCUCCUACCGCCACCUCACCAAGGGCCUCGUCGCCGCCGGCCGCGUCCAGGACGCCCUCGACCUCCUCCGUGACAUGCUCAACCGCGGCCAGGGCGCCGACUCCAUCGUCUACAAGAACCUCAUCGACGGCUACGUCGCCCUCGACGACUGGGACAAGGCCUUCCAGCUCUUCGACGAGCUCCGGGAGAAGGCCACCGUCUACGACGGCGUCGUGCACACCAGCUUCAUGGAGGGCUACUGGAAGAAAGGCAUGGACAAGGAGGCCAUGGACAGCUACAGCUCCCUUCUUGACAAGAAGUUCAAGAUGACGCCGGCCACCUGCAACGUGCUGCUCCAGACACUCUUCAGCCACGACAAGCACAAGGAGGCACACGAGCUGUGGGAGACCAUGUUCGACAACCACAGCCCGCCCAGCUUCAUCGGCGUCAACAGCGAGUCCUACACUGUCAUGGUCAACCAGUGCUUCAAGGAGGGCAGGUUCCAGGACGCCAUCGAAGUGUUCCACAGGCAGCCGAGCAAGACUGUGCAGAUGGACGUCGCCUGCUUCAACAACAUCAUCGGGAAGCUCUGUGAGAACGGGAUGCUAGCAGAGGCGGAGCAGCUUUUCGAGGAGAUGGAGAGCAAGUCGGUGCUUCCAGACGUGUACACCUACACUUACCUCGUCGACUCGUGCUUCAAGGAUGGCCGUGUGGAUGACACCAUGCAGUAUUUCCACAAAAUGGCGGACGGAAGGGAGCAUGGGCCAAAGUUCAAUAUCGCUUUCUUCGAUCGGAUGUUUCAAGGGCUUACAGUAGCUGGCCGGAUUGAUGAUGCCUUGAAGGUGUAUGGAAGGAUGCCUGACAAGGAGAUUAAGCCAUCCACGGCCACCUUUGAGAUCCUGGUUAAGGCGUCCUGCAAGGAAGGGGAACUGGAUAGAGCACGAGACCUGGUCAGGGACAUGGCCAGAGGCGGUGUUGUCGCUCCUCCUGAGUUCCGUGAGUGUAUUGUUGAGAUUUUCAAGACUGCUGAUCGCCAGGAAGAGAUCGAGCAAGCUUUUGAUGAAAAGCCAGUGCCACCACCUCCUUCGCCAAGGCCAGAGUAUCGCCCUCGGAGUCUACCUGGAUUUGCAUCUAAUCAGAUGCCGGGUAGCUACGCACCUAACCAAGGCAAACUGGGCUAUGGUUCUCCUCAACCAUUUCAUCAUGGCAAUGCUGUACCUCAAAUCCUGCGACCUGAGGGGAUGUCUUCUGAACCCCGUCAGCCUGCGUUUGGAAGCCAGCAAGUUCAAAAAACAGAAGUUGGUGCUUCUAAUACAUCACAAUAUGGGAUUCCUUCUCCUCAAGGACCACCACCUGGGACGUCCCUGCCUCAAGGUCAUCCGCCGGAUUUUGGUUCCUCUCGCCCUUGGCAGCAAGCAGUUGGUGCUUCUCAAGUGCAACAACCUAAAUUUAGCUCGGAUUCACCGGUGCAGUCUGGAUUUGGUACUCCUCAACCGCAACAAUCAACGCAUAUCGCUCAUCAGACUCAACAUGCCGGGUUUGGCACACCUCGUCCAUGGCAGACAGGGUUUGGCUCUCAGCAAGCGCAGCAGCCCGGGUAUGGCUCUCAGCAAGCGCAGCAGCCCGGGUAUGGCUCUCAGCAAGCGCAGCAGCCAGGGUAUGGUUCUCACCAAACGCAGCAGUUCGGAUAUGGCUCUCAGCAAGCGCAGCAGCCAGGGUAUGGCUCUCACCAAGAGCAGCAGCCCAGGUAUGGCUCUCAGCAAGGUCAACAGCCAGGAUAUGGCUCUCAGCAAGUGCAACAACCAGGAUAUGUCUCUCACCAAACGCAGCAGCCCAGGUAUGGCUCUCAGCAAGCGCAGCAGCCAGGAUAUGGCUCUCAGCAAGCGCAGCAGCCAGGUUAUGGCUCUCAGCAAGCGCAGCAGCCAGGGUAUGGCUCGCACCAAGCGCAACAGACUGGAUAUGGCUCGCAUCAAGCGCAACAGCCUGGGUAUAGCUACCAAGCCCAACAGCCAAAGUAUGGCGCUCACCAAGCGGAACAGCCAGGAUAUGGUGCUUAUCAAGCGCAACAGCCUGGGUAUGGCGCUCAUCAAGCACGACAGCCUGGGUAUGGUGCACCUCAACGAUCACAGCCACCUUUUGGUCUUCCUGAAGCACCACAAUCUGGUGUUGGCAGUGCUCGGACUCUACCAACCUAUGGCCAUAUAGGAAAUCAGCAUGAUCAGUUUGGAUCUCCUCCUCAGGGUGGACAAAAGGUUGACACUCAGCCAGCGCAGGACUCUGGUGCUCCUGAAGCACCACAAUCUGGUUCGGGCAUUGCUCAGAGUCUGCCAAACAGUGGCCACAUUGGAAACCAACAUGAUCAGUUUGGAUCGGGUGGAAUAAAAUUUAGCACCCAGUCACCUCAGGAGGACUUUGGUACCCAGGCAUCACAUGAAGUGGCUGUCAAGUAUGCUGAGCGAUACUAA